GAGUGAUCCUGCUUUGUUCUCAUGGAUGCGCACUGCACUUAUAACCGACUUGCUUUUACUUGAAAACCACCUUCCUUGGAGAGUUUUUAACUGUUUGCUUCACCUCACCUCCGAAGCUGAUAAGUUUCCUCUUCCUAAGCUUACUCUAAAGUACUUUGAGGGGUACACAAUGGGGACAUAUCCACAGGCUAAUGCAGCAUUAGAAAAUAAACAUUUGCUGGACUUUUUAGGUAAUUGUUUACAAGGAUCUUCUGCUGAAUCUGCAGUGUUUGAGAACUAUAGCCAGAGGCGCCCCUCGAUCCCCUCUGUGACAGAGCUUGAUUAUUUUGGUAUUCGGUUUAAGCUUGGAGGCAGUAAUGACGUGUGCAAUGGAACAUUCAGGAAUGGAUUUCUGACGAUUCCACCAUUAUCAGUUCAAGAGAAUGGAGAAUCUCUCUUUAGAAACCUCAGAGCCUAUGCACAGUUGGAACCAAGUAAUAAGAGUAAAUUGAUCUCUUAUUUUGUGUUGUUAGAUGACCUUAUUAAGUGCGAAAAAGAUCUGGCGUUACUUAAUGAAAAGGAAAUUAUUGCAAACUUCCGGCAUGAUCGAUGA